GAAACACUUAGGUAGUCUACGGGGCCCCUCUUUCUUCGCUCUAUCCAAGUUUCUCAUCUCUGUCCAGCGCCGUGCUCUUCGAUUAUUUGCGACAAAUAGGAAUCCACCAUGGCCGAACUGCCCCCCUUCGAGCACACGCCCAUCGACAGCAUUGCGAGCACUGUCAAUGGCAUUCGCGCAAGCUUCCUUUCGCACAAAACUCGCCCGCUCGAAUUCAGGCUGGCACAGCUGCGGAAGCUGUACUGGGGGCUGUCAGACAACAAGGACCUCAUCAUCGAAGCAUGCAAGAAGGACCUGGGCAAGCCGACGUUCGAGACGUACCUCACCGAGGUGAGCUGGUGCAUGAACGACAUAGUGUUCAUGUCCAAGAACGUAGCACGCUUUGCAAAGGACGAGUCGGCCCAGGACAUCCCCCUGACGAACAGGCUGUUUGCGCCCAAGAUCAGGAAGGACCCGCUGGGCACGGUUCUCAUCAUUGGAGCAUACAACUUCCCAAUCCAGCUGUCCAUCGGCCCGCUCAUUGGGGCCAUCGCGGCCGGAUGCACCGCCGUGCUCAAGCCUUCCGAGAGCUCGCCCAAUGCGGCAGCCAUCAUGCAGAAGAUCAUUGCCGAGUCGCUCGACCCCUCGUGCUACACGGUCCUCCAGGGCGCUAUCCCAGAGACGACGGCACUGCUCGACCAGAAGUGGGACAAGAUCUUCUACACGGGCUCUGCGAACGUCGGGACAAUCAUCGCCAAGAAGGCUGCUGAGACGCUAACUCCAGUCACGCUCGAGCUCGGCGGCCGGAAUCCCGCCAUCAUCACCAAGCAUGCCGACCCCAAGCUUGCUGCGAAGAGGCUACUCUGGGCCAAGACCCUGAAUGCCGGCCAGGUGUGCGUGUCCCAGAACUUCACCCUUGUCGACAAAGACAUGCUACCACUCUUUGUGGAGGAGAUGAAGAACUCGCUCCAAGAAUUCUACCCCCAGGGCGCGCGGAACUCUCCAGACUAUGGCAGAAUUGUAAAUUUGAGGCAGUUCCAGAGACUCAAGACAAUGCUGGAUGAGUCUCGUGGCAAGAUUCUGCUUGGUGGUACAAUGGACGAAAGCGAUCUCUUCAUCGAACCUACAGUUGUGCAGGUGGACAGCCUAGACGACAGUUUAAUCGCAGAGGAGAGCUUUGGGCCACUGCUCCCUAUUCUCCCCGUAGCAGAUCUAGACGAGGCCAUCAAGAUUGCCAACCAAGUGCACGACACGCCGCUAGGAUUGUAUCCAUUUGGCACUCAGAAAGAAAUGGAGAAGGUUCUCUCUCAGACCCGCUCUGGUGGUGCUUCUCUGAACGACGGCUUUUUCCACGCCUCAAUCCCUACCCUGGCUUUCGGGGGCGUCGGUUCCUCUGGCCAGGGUGCGUACCGUGGAAAGGCCUCUUUCGAUGUCUUUACGCAUCGACGAUCUGUUACUAAGACCCCAGGCUGGAUUGAGAGCCAGCUGGACAUCCGCUACCCGCCAUACACCCUUAAGAAGCAGCAGAAAUUCGCAGGUAUGAACGAAUUGAAACCAAAUUUUGAUCGGGAGGGUAGGACCCUUGGGUGGAUUGCUUGGUUGAGGGGCUUAAUUGGGAUGAAAAGUCUCGCCACCUUAAUUGUUGCGGUCGGUAUUAGGUUCUACCUACAGCGGAGAGCGAAACUAUGAACUUUGCCACAAUUGGCAUGCAAAAUCCUCCUCUUUGGGGACUGAUUCUCUUUCCCCUUUGCCAUGUAUAUCAUGAUUUGGUUCGAAUGAGGAAUGGAGUCUUUCAUGACUGUUCUGCAUGUCCUGGAAACUCCUUGGGUCAACAAUCUUUAAGACUGGUUUGCGCGUGUCUCUGGGAAUUGCGUCCUUUGUAUAUCUGAGAUGUCUUCUUUCGCAAAUUAGGGAGUGUGGAAUCAGGGUCUGAGACAUUGUAUGGAAGCCGCGAUGUUUUCCUCGUCCCGGCCUUUGCCAAAAAUAAAUGUUUGUUCCAACAAUCUUCAAGAAUCUGAG